CAGUUUGCAGCUGUUAAAAAUUAAAUCGCUCCCUAAUUGUAAUUUUAUCAUACAAAUGUUCCCGUUGUGCAUACAGUAUAUUCCUCUAAAAUAUUAACUACAAUGGAAAACCACGGCAUUGUAAUGUUUCUGGAACAGUCUCUGGAUGAUAUGAAACAGUAUAUGCAGAGCACCAUCACGGCUUAUCUACAGUUGCGAGGCCGUGGAAACUCUUUCCUGCCAUUUUGGGACUGUGUUGUAAUAACGGCAUGUGAUGCCGAUCAGGCCUUAGCUUUUCGUUUGCAGCUGGAUCAGAAAGAAAAGGCUAAACUGGUGCCAGCAACCAAAUUCAUCGUGGUCGAAGAUGUGCCACCGUUUCCUGGAUGUAAAAUUGGCGCUGGUGGAUCAACGUUUUUGGUUAUCGAACGAUUACGUAAGCUUUACGGAACCGAUUUGGAACGCCAGAAAAUUCUUCUCAUUCACGCUGGAGGCUGGAGUCAGCGGUUGCCAUCGGCAAGCAUUCUGGGCAAGCUUUUUAUGCCGCUACCAAUCGGCAAUUUUGACAUGGAUAUGUUAGAUUUAAAACUUGCAUUAUACAUGCCGUUCAUCCCGUUCAUGAAACCGGGGAUUUUUCUGACCGCAUCCGACGACAUCGAGCUGUUCAACUUGACGUUGCCCACUCCGUCUUCUCCGCAUUCCGGUUUCGUCUGUCUGGGACAUCCUUCCAGCCUGCACAUCGGUUCAACACACGGCGUAUACGUUUGUGAUAAAUCAUCCACUGUUGGAUUAUCCUCAUUCCUUGGCUGCCACCGAGUGUUGCAGAAACCCACCGAGCAGGAGAUGUGGAACGCCGGAGCGGUGCUUCGCGGGCAGAGUGGUGGCGCAGACGGCAUUCCUUUCGUUAUCAGUGAUAGCGCGUAUUGGUUUGAUAUGGAGAUUGUUGGCAAGCUGGAACGGUUUUAUCAAAAACAUGGGAUACCAGAAGUGGAAGUGGAUGCGUACGGUGACUUCCUUCAACCGUUAGGCGAUGCGGCCACCCAGGAUUAUAUUGAUAAAGGCAAAAAUGCCAAAUUAAGCGACACACGGCGUGAUUUGUUCAGUUGUCUUCGUGAUGCUCCGGUUCAGGUGCUGUUUUUACCGCAGUCAUUAUUUCUUCAUUUGGGAACGAUGCCGGAAUACUUACACAAUGUAUUAAGUGAUAAGAUGUUUCGGGAAUGCUUUGAUAUCAGGAACACCUGUAUGAAAUCUAGCAUUUCAUCGGACUGUGAUAUCUCCCCGAAAGCUGUGUUGGAAUAUUGUAAUUUUUCUGCACCGGUGAAAGUUAAUGAUAACUGUUUCCUUAGUGGGUGCUGUGCAAAAAUCGGCGAUCCCGUGGAAAUUCCGGAAGGCACAUUUAUGCAUACGGUGGUGAUUUCGAAAGAUGGCCGACGGUGUUAUGCUACUAUUUUCUGUGGUAUUGGAGAUGAUAUCAAGCGUGAGGUUGACGCCAAGAACGUUGUCGAUUUGAUGCUAUUCAAUAAGCCUUUAUCAAGCUAUGGGGCAUUCCGAUCGAUGCGACAUGAACCAAAGCUGUCUCUUUGGACAUUGAAAUUAUUUAAGAUUUGCUCCACACCGGAUUUAUCAUUUUAUAAAAGUCUGGAGCAAAUAAACAGUUUGCGUAACGGCAUGGAGGUCGGUUUGGAGCGUGAUGAAUCCAUGAUUUCCAUGUCAGAUGUGCUGGCUUUAAAAGAUGUGCAAGGAAUGCUGGAAUUACGUUCGUUCCUCAACCACACAGGGAUUUCCGGUACUGGGAUUGAUAUUGUGAGUACCGGCAUCGAAGCAGUUAAACCAGAAUCACUAAUAAAAGCUAGCGUUAGUGUGAAAGAUGGUUUGCUCACUUUAAGGGACUUUAAUGGAGCGGUCAAGAUGACAUAUCCGGUGGCCAGCCGAAAAGAUGUCUAUAUUUUUGCGGUUGGGAAAGCUGCACUGGGAAUGUUCAAAGCGGUGUAUGCUCAUUUGGAAAAUUUUGUUGCUGGUGGAUUUGUUAUGUUGCCCUGCGAACAGGGAGAAAUGACCGAGCUCAACAGAUUGAAGUACCGAUUAUUGAACGUGAUCUUUUCUUUUGGUGGCCGUAAUAAUCUUCCGGACACCUCUUCUGUUGAGAGUACACAAGAAGCCAUUAAAUUUCUGCGUACUUUACCCUCUGGAAGCUGUCUGAUUUGUUGUAUAUCCGGCGGAGCGUCAGCCAUUUUGGUGGCUCCGAAAUUUCCUGUCACACUGGAAGACAAGCUGACAAUUAUAAAACAGCUGGCUCAGCAUGGUGCGCCGAUAAACGAACUCAACACGGUUCGAGGAUGUUUGUCUGACGUGAAGUUUGGCCACCUGUUGCAUCACAUUCCAAUAGGAGUUCAAGUUGGCAGUCUGGUUCUGUCGGAUAUUAUCGGAGAUCCAAUAGAACUGAUCGGAGGAGCACCAACAGUGAGUAGGCGAAUAGAGUCUGCAGAUGCUGUAGGGAUUAUGAAGAAAUAUGGACUAUGGGACGGCAUACCGAAAAACGUGGAAAUGGUUCUGUUAGAUGAGCAUGCUCAGGCCGUGCCUGCCGUUGCACCUGCGAAUAUUUUAAUUGGAAAUAACAUGGUUGCUCUGCGGGCAUGUCGUGAUACAGCGAAAGCUUUGGGUUAUCAGCCUGUUAUUCUUUCCGAUUGCUUGCAAGGUUUUGCCAAGGAUGUUGGUGCGGAUUUUGUCCGUAUUCUGCGAACGGUAGCAGCAUUGCGAAAUGGUGAAAGAAGCGAUGCUGCUGAUCAGCCACGACUUUUGGCCAAUGUCGAACUGCCUAAUAUUGACUGGAGACAGCCGGUAUGCUUCUUAGCGGGAGGAGAGACUACCGUUCGGGUUCACGGGACCGGGAAAGGAGGAAGAAAUCAGGAAAUGGUGCUGGCCUUCGCCAUACGGUACAGCGAAGAAAGAAAGGCGUGUAGCGGUGUUCAGGGAAUGUUUGUGAGCGUCGGCACCGAUGGGCAGGAUGGACCCACGGAUGCGGCUGGAGCUGUGGUUUGCUUUCCGUUGACUCCUGAUCCAAGGGAUGUGGAACGAGCUAACACGGCGCUGACCAAUAAUGAUGCGUAUAAUUUCUUCUGUGAUGCUAAUCGUUGGGGUCAGUUAGUGAAAACUGGACCGACAGGAACAAAUGUGAUGGAUUUGCAGUUGUUGUUAAUUGAUUGAGAUUUUUUGACGAAUUUUGGCGUGGUAGUUUGCAAGAGUAGCAGUUCGAAACAGCAAUAUUCUGUUAUUUUCUUCCAAUGUGCCCGGUGCCAACAUUCUCGUGUGAUGGGAUGUUUUAUCUGUUUUUGUUGUUAUUUGCCGGUCUUGUAUUACAGUACUGUGCCAUCGGAUUGAGACUUUGUAGCCUGGUAAGCAGAUAUGAUAGGAGCUGUCAAGCCGCACCCAGAAACGCGCAUUUGCCAACAGCUAAUUUAUAAUAGUAUGGUACGUAUGCAAUCUGAAAAAGAAGCCCUGAAAAACGUUAAUAUUGUAGCGGAAAGCUGGCAUUGUGUAAACGUAUCGGUAGUAAAUUAGUAAUAAUGGCGUGCGAUUCGCCUGAACCACUGGAUUGUCCCACUGACCUUUGCGGACCACUGGCGAUCCGGGACUGACCACGCUGAAGCAGGCUUUGCUACAGCUACAGAGAAACUCUAACCAUUACCCAAACUUCUUUGUUUAUUCUUCUAUUUUAAUUGCACAAUGGGUGCGCACUUGCAGCGCUCGUACAUUACGUGCCUGUACAGUGUUGUGUUCUAUAAAGCACUUGUUGGAAUCGCUGUGUCGUUUUGGAGUGAUUCACCGUACACGGCGUGCAGCAAUUCGAUCCACUUUCUGUCUGUGGAUUUUUCGAACUGAAAAUUGCGAACUCGAGAACAAUCAUAACAACACUGCAGCUUAUGAUGUGAUGUUUAUUAUGUUAUCUUUAAACUCCGACAAUUUGUAUGCUUGCGCCGUGUCAAUUUGUGCGUGAUCUGACUGGAAGUUGUACUUUUCCGUCGCUCUACUGUGUGGUGCUGUUAUAGCGCUUUAUGCCAAAGUAGCGUUUUUAUCUUUUCUGCAGUUAUUAUCCGGUCCACAAUUCCAUCAUGGUAUUCUAUUGUCAAAAUUGUCUCAGGGAUUUCCCUGCUGGGCUCCCGGAUGGCAGCUGUCCUGAUUGUUACACAUUGGGUGCAAUUGGAGAUCUGGCAUCCGUGACGUCAUCGCUGCAGCAACUGCAGACGACCGUGCCCAACGUAACUCCACCCGCGGGUGGUGCUGCUUCUUCGACCGGAAAUGCUCCACAGUCGUCUCCUCGCGCUGCUACUGCUAGCCUGCAACAUUCCGCACCUGCCGGGACGAGCCAAAACCGUGCAGCUUUCCCCCCUACGGGACCAAGGUAUGCUCGGGCAAUGCCGAAGUUGCGCUCGCAGCGACUCGCACCGAACACAUUCCGCAUGCCCGAGCGUGCGGCUGCCCCUUUAGCCACCAAUAACGGAUUUCCUGGUUUGGGCGCUCCAGUGCCGGCUAUGAAUGCGGUGCCCGCUAAUCCCGGUAAGUUGCCUCUGCGCGGAACGGGCACGAUGGGAGAUGCAGGCGGACAGUGUCCAGUUGCCAAUGACAAGCCGGUUGCUGGUACUAACGGUUAUGGCAAAUUGUGUGCGAGCAUUGCACAGCUAAAUGCGCAACUUUUGCCUUACCUGGAGACCUGUGCGGAUCCCCUUGUUAAAAACCAGCUGGCUGAUCUGCUUGAAAGCACUUUGAACGUUGUGGAUUCGGUCAAUGGAAAGCCAGUUGAAUUGAAAAGCCGCCCGAGCUUGGUCGAGACCAGCAAUGGAGGAAAAGAGAACCGUGCCAUUGCCAAUGCCAACCAAAACGGCUCCCAUUUGAAGUGCUACUUCUGCUAUAAUGAUCCCAUGACUGUGCUGUUCUUACCGUGCAAACAUAUCUGCGCUUGCGAGAAGUGUUCCCGGGAAGUCGUGGAAUGCCCUUUUUGCCGCAAAAAAAUCACCAAUAAGGAAAACGUGUAUAUCAUGACUAUCGACUAAUGGUCAGUACGCGUACAUUACUUGACAGGCCUGCUCUAGCAGUUCUGCCUCUGCAAGCGGAAAUGAAUUCAGAUGGAUGGAUAGUCAACUUCGGAGUUUCUUUCUGCUUACUGAUGCAGUAACUAGGCACAGUUGUGCUAUCAGAACGAACAAUUGAAUGCUAACUUUAGUUUGUCGCUUUUAGAUUUUUGGCAUAAUGCUGGUAAACAAUAACGCUCUUGCUUAAAAUUGCAGAAGCCACCGCGACUGCCGUAGUGAUUUUGCUGUUAUGUGAUUUUCUUUGAAUUUUGUGUUUGUCGACAAUUCCAUAAAUUGAUGUCAUGGUGGA